AUGUCAGCAAUUACUGCACACGUCCUUGACACGAUGAGCGGAAGACCGGCACAAGAUCUUCGUGUUCAGGUAUUUCGAGCAGAUAAUGUCAAUAAUGCAAUUGCCUAUGCAAACACAAACAUUAAUGGACGUGUCUCUCAAUGGAGUGCCGCUCUUAACGCCGUAGAAACAGGUACUUACAUUAUAAAAUUUGAUACAGGAGUUUACUUCGCACGACGUGGUAUUGAUACGCUCUAUCCCUAUGUCGAUAUUGCUGUAAACAUCCGUGCCGGUCAGCACUACCAUAUUCCACUACUUCUAUCCCCUUUUGGAUUCACAACAUAUCGCGGCUCGUGA